GCCGCAAAACCGCCGCCUGGUCGGCUCUCGGUCUACCCCGCCCAGCGGCCAGCGCCUCCUCCGCCAUGGGAGUGCAGGUAGAGACCAUCUCCCCUGGAGACGGGCGCACCUUCCCGCAGCGCGGCCAGACCUGCGUGGUGCACUACACGGGGACGCUGGAAGAUGGAAAGAAAUUUGACUCCUCUCGGGACAGAAACAAACCCUUUAAGUUCGUGCUGGGCAAGAAGCAGGUGAUCCGAGGCUGGGACGAAGGGGUUGCCCAAAUGAGCGUGGGUCAGAGAGCCAAGCUGACUGUCUCCCCAGACUACGGGUAUGGUGCGAGAGGGCACCCAGGCAUCAUCCCACCAAAUGCUACUCUCAUCUUUGACGUGGAGCUUCUAAGAGUGGAAUGACAGGACUAGCCUCCUUCCUGAAGUCCCUAUUCUCUGAUGUGCCAUGGAAAGAUAGGGCACCUCCAGCUACCUACAAGACUGUAUGGAGCUUUUCCUGAUGUUCCACUACACUCUUCCUAUAAUUGAUCUUCCCUAGUUGAAUGUGUUCUGUCACUAGCUUCACUCUUCCCCCUUCCUCCUCAUAUGUGUGCUGACCUGAACUAGAUGCCAUAAACCUCAAGUUACUCAUUUU